AAUCGAGCAGCAGAGCGGUUGAAGUUUCAGUCCCGAGGGCCUAGUUGAUGAGGACGGUCGAUCUAAAACCAGAACCAGAACCAGAACCAGUUCUCUUUGGAGUUUUAUUUUUUAAAUAAAACUUCCUCCAGAUGACUCUGACUCAGGAGAAACCGCUGACUUAUGCCAAAAUGAAGGGGCUUGUUACAUUUAUCUCAGAUGUGCUGAAAGAGAAGAAAGUUGGCUUCAGCAAUUUCUUGCGCAAACUUGUUUCCACCCAGAAACCCUGCCAACACCUGGACACCCAUAAACUGCUGCAGAGACAGAGCAAGAUGAGGAGACAGAAGCAGGAGAAAGCUGCCUUGAGUCCAGUGAACACAGAAACCUCACAGGUGAAACCAUCAGACUUUGACUACCUCAAAGUUAUUGGCACGGGAAGCUUUGGAAAGGUGUUGCUGGCAAGACACAGAAAACAAGGAGGUUACUACGCAGUUAAAGCCCUGGACAAGCAGAUGAUCAUCAAGAGGAAAGAGCAAAGGAACGUGAUGGUUGAAAGGAGUGUGCUGCUGAAGGGACUAAAACAUCCAUUCUUGGUGGGGCUGCAUUUCUCCUUCCAGACGCCAAAGACGCUCUACUUCGUCCUGGACUUUGCAAACGGUGGAGAGCUGUUUUACCACCUGCAGAGAGAGGGUUCAUUUCCAGAACCCCGAGCUGCUUUCUACGCUGCAGAGAUCGCCGCUGCGCUGGGUUAUCUCCACUCUCUGAGCAUCGUUUACAGAGACCUGAAGCCAGAAAACGUCCUGCUGGACAGCAAAGGCCACGUGAUGCUCACAGACUUUGGUCUUUGUAAGGAAGGCGUGGCUGUGGGUGGGAUUACACACACCUUCUGUGGGACCCCAGAGUAUCUGGCUCCAGAAGUUCUGCUGGGCCAGCCAUACAGCCUGGCUGUGGACUGGUGGGGACUGGGAGCGGUGCUGUUUGAGAUGCUCUCUGGACUGGUGAGUCUCACUGGGUUAAGCUUUGCCUCACUGUUUUCUGCAUCUUUAACUCACUGUAUUGCCUGUUCUGCUUCCCAGCCUCCAUUUUACAGCCGCAGCAGGCUCGAGAUGUUGGAAAAUAUCCUCUACUCUCCUCUGCAGCUGCCCAGCGGCUUGUCUGAAAGCGCCCACUCUCUGUUGAAGGGGUUGUUGGAGAGAAACGUCUCCAAGCGCUUGGGCCAGAGGCUUGAUAUUGAGGAGCUGAAGGAGCAUCAGUUCUUCGCUUCCAUCAACUGGGACGACCUCAUAGCCAGAAAAGUCCGGCCUCCGUUCAUCCCUAAAGUGGUACGGAUAAAUCAGAAAAUGGUCAGAAACGUAAUUUCAACAUGUGCCCAGUUGGCUCUGAUUGUCUUGUCGUUUUCUAGACCAGUCCUUGUGAUGUGUACUACAUCGCUCCUGCUUUCACGCUGCAGCCUGUCCCUGCCUCCGUCUACGACAGGUCGGAGGCAGCUGCCUCCAACGCAGCCUUUUCUGGAUUCUCCUUCAUGAACCCAGCCGAGUACGUGGCAGCAGAGCCAGCCUCAUAACGCCACCAAGUCCUCCUGGAGCGGGAUUGUUUAAAUAUUUAUUGUUAAUUUAUUUUAUUUUUUUCAUGUAAUGUCUAUUUUUUGUACUUAAAUGGAAAAUGAAAACUGUGAUAUGGCAAUUUCCAGCAUGUUUCAUUUGUUGCUUUUGAAUAAACUGUGGUAUGUUUUUAGAUUUUCACUGAUUUCUCUGUAUGAGUUAUUUAUACAGGAGAGGCGGGUCACUAUUUCAAGUCCUUCAUAUAUAGCAUUGCCAGGAGCUGGUUUAUAUAAAAAUGUUUACAUCCUUUAUUGCACAGGUCCCACUUACAAAUACAUUCACUAGUUACAUCUUAUCCUACUGGCUUUUUUAAUAUUACAUACUUAAAGACGGAAGCAGAGCGCAUUGCAAACGUAACAGGAAAGCUUCUCUAUAUAUAGCACUUGUAUCCAAAUACAGCUGAAUGCCAUUCUUAGCAAAAAUACACACUGCCCUUUGUGUUGACAAACAAA